AUGUUCGCGCUGUUGAGGCCGCGGGCGCGGGCCAUGUUCGCGCUGUUGAGUCUGCUCGCGUCCGCCCUCGGCCUCCAGGGCUCGCACCGCCGCGCGCCGCGCCGCGGCCCCGGCCCGCUGGCCGUCAAGGAGUCGACGGACAUGGACGCGCUCCUGCGGUCCGUCGUCGGCGCCGGCACGGGCAUGGGCGCCCGGCGCCGCGGCAAGGGCUCCCACGUGAACAAGUACCGCAAAGCAGCCGAGGACGCCGAGGACCCCUGGGCCGCCGCGGUCGCGCGGGCCGAGCGCGGCGAGGCCGCGGCCGCGAACGCGACGGCCGCGCCGAGCUACGCGCUGCGCGCGACGUGCUUCGCGGAGGGCGCCGCUCUGGCGCGCGCGCGGCCGAAGUCCGGCGCCGCGCCGGGCGCGGUGCUCGACUUCGACGCCCGGGACCCGUCGACCUUCGGGUUCGCGGAGCUCGGCACGGUCGUCGGCGCGCACGGCGUGAGGGGCGGCCUCCGCGUCGACUGCUACGAGGGCGACGGCGCGGCGCUCCUGUCCCCGGGCCUGCGGCACCUGCGCCUCGCGUCGCGGCGGUCGCCGCGGCCCGUCGUCGUCGCCGCCGCCCGCGAGCUCAAGCGCCUCGGCGCGAAGACUCG